AUGACCACCCUUGUCUUGAUCCCAGCUGGAGACGGCACUCCUGUUACCUUCAGCACUAUGUGGUCUGCCGAGCAUAUCGACAGCGUCUUUCAGUGCCUUGCUCCCAAGAGUGCCGAAGAAAAACGCAAGUUUAUCAUCGUUCCUACUCAGAUCUAUGAGGAUAUGGAUAUCGGCGCAAAGACCGCCCUCGCCAACCUGUUCAUGGCCGAAUUUGGCGAGCCUGUUCUCUACGCCCGCAACAACAAGGACGAGUGCUACUACCUCGGAGCUCCCCGCGACAUCAUGAAGGAUGGCGGAAUGCUCAUCGUUGUUCCAGGCGCUCCUGAGGCUAUCUACAUGCAGCGUCCUGAUCAUGCUCCCAAGCGUGCCAAGAUUCCACGACCUCCCAACGCCUACAUCAUCUACCGCAAGGAGCGCCACCAAAAGAUCAAGAAGGAGCGCCCUGCUCUGACCAACAACCAAAUCUCUAUGAUUCUUGGCCGAACCUGGAACAUGGAGAAAACCGAGAUCCGCCUUCUCUACAAGCAGAAGGCAGAUAUUGUCAAGGAAGAACAUCGCCGAAUGUACCCGGAUUACCAGUACCGUCCUCGUCGCCCCUCUGAUCGACGUCGCCGCAACACUCCCCUGAGCAACCCUGCUGCCACCAUUGCUGCUACCGCUACUCAGUUCGCGGUUAACCAGAUUGCCGCUGCCGCUGUCGCUCCUGCCGCUCAGCAGAACGUUAUCUAA